AUGUUAAGUCUUUGUUACACCGUAUUGGAACUAGUUGCUAAUAUCGCUAAAGAUAAACCCGAACUACAAGCACGUUUGAGGAAAUUAAGUCAUAGUUUGUAUGACGUGACUUCUUCGUCUCCUACCAGAAAUGAUAUUCCAUCAUCUUCCUCCGUGUCCUCCCACUCGUCCUCCUCAUCAACAUCAUCAUUAUUACGACCAACGUCAGCGACGAAGAAGCUGGAUAAAUCCACUAAGUCAUUGCAUAAAGUGGCCAUAGCAUCAACAGCGACAGCAGAAAGUCGAAAACGAGACUACGCGUUUGUGACGAAUAAACUUUCUGAAGAAGAAGAAUAUUCUGUUGUGAAUACUAAUUCAUCUUCUGAAAUAACACGAAUACUACCAUCGUCUUUCUUCCAAUCAAAUGCCGAUACAACUACCACUACUAAUACUAAUACCACUAAUACUUGUACUGCUACUGCUAACAUUCCUCAGUCUACCCAGUUGGUGAUUGAUGAAGACAAUAAAGAGAAUCAGAUACCGAAAUUGAUUAUUAAAAAUGCAUUUUAA